UAGGCUUAGCGAAGAAGUACCCGAGUAUUGGAUUACACAUUCAAGAAGAAGGUUUUGUAUCGACGGUUCUUCUCAGAUUUCACGAAAGGACCACCAAAGGGCUGCCCAUGUCGCUGCAAACGACUAUUUUGUGUUUCUUCGGCGUUUUAGCAGCGUUUUGCCGCGGCCUGGAGUUCGGGGAACGCGGAUUUGAUUUUUUCCAAGCAGAAUAUGCCCGUGCUAUCACAGAAUACCAUGCUGUCAACAAAACUGUGAUGCACAUCAGAGCAGUUGGCUGUGAAGGGCCAGUCAAGUAUAAUAUUGCUCAGCCGGAUACACCUUUCAAGAUUGAUGAAAAAGGACACGUUUGGCUGGUGAAGAGACUGAACUAUGACCAAGCAAGAUCCUAUCUGUUGAAUGUGACGGCAGAAGCUGGAAAUGGAAAAUGCUUUGCCCACACCAAAAUCCACUUUGAAAUUCUUAACAUGAACAAACAUGCACCACAGUUUGAAUUUGAGAAUUACAGUUGUGACAUUAUUGAGAAUACUCGAGAAAUGAGGUUUAAUCCACCCAUGAGGAUUCUGGACAGCGACAGUGGAGAAGCAGGAAAGAUAUACAAUGUGACAAUUGUGGAGACUGGUCUUCCAUUUGUGUUCACUGUGGAUGACAAAGGGAAUGUCAAGGGAAGAGCAACUAAAAACAUGGAUGCUGAAGAUAUCACAGACUACUUCUUUGAUAUCAUUGCCUGGGAUAAUGGAAAGCCUUCAAAGUCCUCCUUUCCAAUCAGCUUAGAAUGUGAAGUUGAUGAUGUCAACGAGUUUGGACCUCAUUUUACGCCAGACACUUACCAGGCUAAGAUUGCUCGUGGAAAGACAUACUCCAACAUCACUCAGGUCUUUGCUGAAGAUAAAGACAUAGGUAUCAUAAGUGGUAGAGUUUGUAAGUAUGUUAUAGAAGGCUUCAAUCUUCCAUUCAAAGUCAGUGAUGACGGUGUAAUCAGCAUCGAUCAGCCUUUAGGACGAGAUGCCUAUGAUUUGUACGAGUUUCAAGUGGAUGCUGUUGACUGCGGUGGACAAAUGUCUAAAAGCAGUGCAAAAGUAGCCAUCUCUGUGGUGACGUUAGAACCACCCUGUGAUGAAGAAUUUGUUGGACCAGCUAAACAGGAGUUGACCUUGCAGCAGUGCACUGGAAAAGUCUAUGUCACCCCUGACAUCACCUUGAACAAGUGUGCAAGAAAGCAAAAGAAGGGGAAGUUCUCUGCUAAUGUCAGUCUGGUAACCAAAGCUGGCAUGGGCUGUGACAGAGAAACAUUUGAAGGAUCAGAUAUGUUCACCAUCUGUGGUGCAAGCAACUUUAUUGAUCUGCUCCCCAAACCAGGAGUUGGCAGAGAAUGGACAGAGGAUAUUGCAAAGAAGACUGCAAAAGAUGAACUUGGCUUUUCAUUUAAUGGAAAGACCUACGUGGAAAUUCCCGAAGAUGUCUUGCCAGAUGACAUUGGUGACAAGUUUACCAUCAGCACAUGGAUCAAGGUUGCCAAAUCUAAAGGUCGCCAAACCAUUGUCGCUAACACUGAUAAGGAGCGCCUUGACCGCGUACAUUUCUCUCUGUCCACAUACGGAAGCAGGCUGAUUUUUGUGCACAGACGUGAGGCCAUACACGCUGAACGCGAUGUCUACUGCAAUGCAGAAUUUCAGUACAAACCAGCCAUUUUUGACAACAAAUGGCAUCAUAUUUUGGUGGUUGCUGACGGCUGUGCCACCAAGAUGUAUGUCGAUGGAGAGCAUUACGCGGCAGUGGUAACUGAAGCAGACCGAACCCUUCACAACUCAAACCUGAAAAACAAGGUGACUGUUGGAGCCCGUUAUCUGGCCAAGGAGGGAGUUUACACUAACAGGUUCACUGGAUAUUUGUCUGGACUUGCAAUCAGACCUAAAACCACUCUUGAUGAACAGGUUCUGCGAUGUGUGGUUGGCUGUAAAGAACAUGUGAACGUUGAUGGCCCACUUCCUCCUAAAUUCUCGGCCAAAACCAUCGAUUUUGGAAGCAUUGCAAUCAGUGGUGAAGGAUCACCCAGUGACUUCAUCAAAACACUGCAGAGUCUUGUGUACAUUAAUGAGCGCAUGGUGCCAACACCAGGAAAACGCUCUGUGAUCAUUGAGGCCAAGUUUAAUGAGAAAUCACUUGCAACCGUCUCUGUUGACAUUACUGUUGCAGGAAAUACACGUCCUGUGAUUAUUGUGGAAGGUUUGGAUGCAGACAUCGGACUGAACUGGGAGAAGAGAAAGGUUGUCAAAGAGAAAGGUUUGCGUGUGUUUGAUUCACUAGAAAUCAACUAUGAUGCUUGUCCAAGAGAUGAGGAAGACUCUCCAAUUGACAAAGUGCGCUUUUUGGAUGAGGCAGUGGUGAAAGUUAACCCAGCCUUCAAGAAAGGAGAAAGCUUUAACUUCCCCACAGGAAUCAAAGGCCUGAAGGAGAAGGGACUGACUGUAAGUUUCAACAACGAGGAGCUGGUCAUUCGAGGAAUUGCACACUUUUCAGAAUACGAAGAUGUCCUUCGACAGAUGGUGUAUGUAAACUUGGACCCAGAUGAUAUGAUGCACCUUGAGAUAACUGUGACUUUGUCCACCCUAAAAGGCAAAUGCAAAAGUGAUGCAGAGCGACGCAACAUCAACACUAUUCACACCAACAGAGGGUUCAAGAAAUCCGACAUCAAGUUCGCUCAAAACAGCCAAAAGGCAGAGAUGAUGCCUGGCAUUGUUUCUGUAGAAGCUGCAAUGGGCAAAACCUCAUCUAGUGGUCUGUCCAGUGGGGUCAUGGCUGCAAUUAUCAUUUGCAGUGUGGCUGUUUUUGCCUUCCUUCUUGUGCUUGGUAUCUUCAAGUACAGACAGAGGCCAGAGACUGUAAAAGUUGUGCCACCAGGUGACGACAAAGAGGAGAUGUAUUGGGAUGACACUGGUCUGAGUGGUGUGCGCAUUACACUGAAUCCCUUGCAAAAAUUCCAGGAGCUGGACCUGAAUGAAGAUGGCAAUAACACCGAAAAGUCUGACACUGAAGACGAGGAAGGUACAGCAACGAAAGGCCUGUUGGAGUGGGACAACUCUGAUAUGUAAUUGCCAGUGGUGUAUCUGUGAAACCAAGUUUUUGUUUAAGUUUACUAGCGUAGUAUUGUGGUCGGUAAUUGGUUUAACAUUUCUGCCUUUUUCUUCUUCCUUUUUUCUUGGUAAUUUGAGGGAUAUGUAGAAAUGGCUAGUACUCGAAACUCAAUCAAUUUUCCUUCAAAAAUUUGGGGUAAUUUUGCUUUGACUACUAGUUGGUAUUCAUUUGCCAGUAACAACUUUAAAUGUAAAUUUUUGUUUGUGAACUUAAAGCUGUUCUACUGAUUGCUCCAAGUUCAUUGGGUUUGCAUUUUUUGUCUGUGUUUUUUUUCCCCUUUGCAUUCUUUUCAGUGAUGUGGGAUUAGUUUUGAGGUAUUUUGUAGAAAGCUUUUUUUUUAGUAGUGUUUCUUGAACUUUGUUUACCCGUCACAUUUAUCCAAGGAGCACAAAAAAUGAGAUGUAAUCUUGUGGCCAAAAAAAAAAGAACUUUGUGGUUUUUUUUUUUCUUCUUCUUUAAUUUUCCUUUUUUUUUAAUGAUUACUGUAGUAACUAAUUAUAGUAACUAAAAAACCAAAGAGUUAAGUGAAAAUAUAAAGUAAAAUUAACUAGACAAUUAGACUUUAUUGUUAGUGCAUACUGGUGUUGUUUGACAUAAUUUGAUAAUUUGGGGUUCAUAUUAGGCAUGGAAACCUGGAAAGUCAUGAAUUUUACGACAUCAUUUUCCAGGACUAGAAAGUCAUGGAAUGUAAGAGUCAUAGAAUGUCAUGGAAGUCAUUGAGUGUGAUAUUUUUGCAAAUGACACUUAAAGUUACCUCUUUAUAUGAUUGUUUUUAAAUUAUUUUGGAAGCAACCUUUGUGUUAUAGCUUUUGGUAAACAUCAGAAUGGUCCUUGAAUAGUCAUGGAAAGUCAUGGAAUUUUAUGAUUUGAAAGUGUACCGCCUGGAACUCUGUAAUUUUGUCACAGCUGUGGAACUGCUGUGUUGAAGUUUGUUGACUGAAAGCUCAUUUAAUACUCCUUUUAAACUCCUUUAUUAUCAUGUCAAGUUAUUCAACACAAUUUUGUUUUGUAUUAUGAAUUUGAUUUUGUCAGAGAAAAAGGGUUUUCAGAAAAGUUUUGAGAAAAAUAAUGGUUAGGGGUGGAAUGAAUUGAGAUUUCCAUGCCUGCUUAUAAUCAAUUUCUUGAAUUAUUUUUGUGAUUUUCAUAUUGUACUAGUUAUUAUUGGUAAUGAAUUGAGUGAGAAAUGAAGGCAUGUUGUCUUGUGGAUAGCUUAGGGGGAGCCUAAACUACCACUAAAUAUAAAGUUCAACUGCUUUUUUUUUCUUUUUUUUUUUGUAUGAAUUUGAUAAUGAGACUUUAAAAUGUACCAGUAAUGCAUUGAGUGUAUAUAGAAACAAUAUUAUGCUAGGUGUGCUUUGUCAGCUAUUCAUCAUACUUUGGGAAUAUGUCAGAGUGAAUUGUUGGUAGAAAAUGCAGUAUCGGGAAAAAUUUAAAAAAGAUCAAGAAAAAAAUUAUGCGAGGUUGAGUAGAGGUUGUGAUCACGCUGGUUAUGUAACUGUUUUAAUAACUUGAUAUCUUUGAACUUUUUAACUCCCAGAAGUGAUUAACAUGUGACAUCUUGUAAUUCUAACAAGUUAUCUUGGAAAGAGUACGGACAAGUUUUAACAGCUUGAGGGUCAUUUUUUGGGAAUAAGACAUCUCAAGGCUCAUUUAAAAGCGAAAGUAUGGCAGUGGGUAGGGAGAAUUACUGAUUGGAUCCUGGGAGUGAAAGAAGUAAGGACUUAGUUAAAGAUUAAGUAAUGACUUUUGUAGGAAGUGAGGAUUGAUUUCUUUUGUCAGAUGGAUCAAAAUUGUAAAAUAUAUAUUAAGAGGCUAAUGAAUAGUGAAAGGUAGUAGAUUUUGGUAAGAUCUCAAAGCAAUGUUUGGUUUAAUAAUACAAAUAUAAUUGAGGCUUCAACCGUCGUUGUAAGGAAACAUAAUCAUUAAACUGCUGCUAUAUACAACGUCAAA